GCGUCAUAACAUUAUAGCUUAUAACGGACAGGCAGUACAGUCUUCCAAGCCCCGUGAGGAAUUAAAGACGAAAAAUUAUAAACCGAGAAGCGAUGUUUCAAAAUAUGUUAUAGUGUUUCCAAUUGUGCGGUUGGUGCUCCAAGUUAUUACAGCGGGCAGUUCAGUUGUAGUUGAACGCCAGGUAAAAUGGCUUCUGGCAUAAAAUGUCACCCUUCAUGUGUUGUUGCCUUCAAUGAUCUGAAAAUGAAUAAACGACAUCGUUAUAUUUUGUUUCACAUUCAUGAAAAGGAAGAAAUACGUAUCUUAAGACAAGCUGAUCGAGAUGCAACUUAUAGUGAUUUCUUGAACGAUUUAAUCGAAGCUAUGAAGAGUGGUGAGGGUCGGUAUGCUGUAUAUGAUUAUGAAUAUCCCAAUAAAGGGACUGCCUUGUUUUUUAUUGUUUGGACUCCCACAAGUUCAAAUAUAAAGACUAAAAUGAUAUAUGCUGCUUCAAGAGAUGCCAUAAAGUCUCAGUUACAAGGAAUUAAACAUUGCUUAGAAGCUCAUGAUCUUGACGAUAUUUGUGAGGAGCAGUUGAGUAGGAAGGGUCAACCAGUACAAAGCUGCUGAAUAACUUGAACUUCCAAUCAGAUUUAAUCAUACUAAAUUCCGUAACUGCAUUUUGUUUAUGCUUGUUUCCUUCGUUGUCUGGUUUUAUUUGGUACAAUUAUAGGGUAUUUGUAUUUAAUUUUUGAUUCCGGUUAAUUUUUUUUUGUACUUUGCCCCAUAAAACUCAAAGUCUCAGUAUCUGCUGUUGGGGACAGUGUGGUUCUGCUUUUCACUUUGAUCACUUAUUUCCCAAUAAAUUUAUUAGGUUACUUUUGGUAGACUUUUUGUUCUAGUGAA